GGCAAAUUCAACAGCCGUAGCACUGAGAGCGCUCGCUCACUCUCGACUCUGUUUGUGACUAUCGUUAUUAUGUCGUUCGAGAAGAUAGUCAAGCUGGCAUGUAAACCUAAGGCAGCUCCUCCCAAACCAAAGUAUUUGGAUCCUAUUAUUGCUGCCACUUAUGAUGAAGAGGGCGUUAUCUCGGAUGUCUGUAGAGCUCUUGGUAAUCGACUACGGGAACCUAAUGCCAUAGUCGUGUUCAAAGCACUCCUUGUCGUACACACAAUGCUUCGUAACGGAGCUACGGAGAAUAUCUUGUCAUAUAUGGCCAAAUUUGAUCCUCUAGGACUGCACAAUGUCGGUCAAGGCCAUUGGGAAGGUUACCGAGCACCCGAGAAUCUGGCACGCUAUGCAAGCUAUCUGGAGUCUCGGAUCAGGGCCUUUAAGGAUCUCAAGCAUGAUGCCAUUCGAGUCCAAAGCGAUUCAAACCGUGACCAUCGCGUGGGUUUGAUUGAUGAAGACGGUUUCUCUUAUCCGGGUUCUGGAAUUUCGAGGAGUAAAACCAUCGUUGGGCGGAAACUACGAGUAAUGACGGUGGAAAAGGGCCUCCUUCGUGAAACGAAGAUUGUGCAAAGCAUGAUCGAUACUCUAAUUGAAUGUAAAUUUUAUCUCGAUGAUUUGGAAGAUCAACUCAACAUCUUCGCGCUGAGGCUGUUGGUCAAGGAUUUGCUGGUUCUCUUUCAAGCUGGCAAUGAAGGUGUCAUUAACGUAUUAGAGAGUUAUUUCGAGAUGUCCCACAUCGACGCUGAAACAGCCUUGGAUAUCUAUCGUAAAUUCUGCCGCCAAACCGAAAGAGUCGUUGAUUAUUUAAGUGUGGCAAAGAAGUUGCAAAACCUCCUCAACGUCCCUAUACCAAACUUGAAGCAUGCUCCUGUCUCACUGGUGGGUGCGCUUGAGGAAUACCUACGGGACCCAAAUUUCGAGCAGAAUAGAGUUGAGUACAAGGCGAACAAAGCUACUGCUGACGGGAAACAACCCCAAAAAAUAAAAGAGAAAACAAGACCGGCGAGAAAUACUGCCCAGCCACCCCCAUCUACUUCUCCGGUGGCCGCAUCAUCAUCAUCAGCUCCGCCUCCUGCCCCGUCAAAAGUGGAAGAUUUCUUUGCUUCAAUCGAGACAGAGAGUCCACCUACAAAUCACCUCCAGCAGCAAGCAACGUUCAACCCUUUCGUGCAGAGACAAUUAUCCCUGCCAUCGCAAAUGACUGGCUUACCGUUUGGGGGCGGUCCCACGACAAUAGCACAACCUCAGCCAACUGGGCUCUCCCAGCCUUACGUCCAGGGCCAGCCGUUUGGGCCCAUGAUAAAUAUUUCCCCUGCUGGAAUGCCCCAGCCCAGUGACUUCUUACAGCCAGUUUCUCAACCUAAUUUCUUGCGACCACAAACCACUGGGUCCAAUCCAUUUCGGCAAAGCAUGCUUCUACCGCAUAACACCGGUGUCCCAGGCUUUGGCGGCCCCUCGAGUCCUACCAAUCCAUUCCCUAGGCCUGCCUCGUCGAUGGGCCUGAGCGCCUUUGGUGGGAACCCAAUGGAAAGCCCCUCUUUCACGACCGUCUCUAACACCCUCUUUGGGGAGUCUGGUCAGGCCACACCGUUGAGCGGAACUACUGGCGUUGGGUUUGGGAAUCAGGAUAAAGUCAACAUGGCCCGUGGCAUCUCUCGACCAGCUUCCACUCCAAUACGCUCCAGCACUCUGUUCUCACCAAUAUCCGGGUCCGUCAAGUCACAUCAGACGGGAUCACGCAACCCUUUCGGGGAACCCCUACCUCCCCCCGUUCCGCCAGUGCCUAAGGGUCCCACGUUACACCAGCUAGCGGCGGGAGCGUGGAGCUUCUCACAUGAGACAAGCAAGGGAUCACCUCCGGCCACUAAUCCAUUCCCAACCACUAGCUCACCCGCCCCUUUCGCCAAUACCGGAACGAAUGAAGGUCUCUCCGCUAGCUUGAAACCCCAGCAAACUGGUGCUGGCCUCAUAUCAAGCAUUGCUUCAUCGUUCGCAACUGACACCACCCCAAGAUCCUUUCCACUUCCGCAACCUGCUUCAACUUCGGCUGUGAAUGCAAACGUAAACACCAGUAAUCCCUUUCCUUCAUCAUCCAGCCAACUCCUUAGUGCCCCAAGUCCGAGUCUUGGGCCAUUCGCACCUACGAGCGCAGCUCCUGCAUCAGCACCAUCUCCCAGCAUUGCGUCAGUCCAACCACAGCCAACAGGAUUUGGUGGCAGUGCUGUUCGGCCUUUCAAACCAUCUUCAUCAUUUGGCGCAUCAUUGCUGGAGAAACUGCCACCCAUUCCGUCUGAACCUGGAACCCCAAUGCCAAGUUUGGCGACAAACGGCGCUCUUCCGAAUGUCACCGGCAUGCCCGACUCUUUUGGCUCGUUCUCUACCAACACGUCGCCAAGCAUUGCAUCCCAAUCUCCGUGGUCGGCCCCUCCAACUUUAAACUCAACAGGCGGGCGAUUCAGCCCUAGCCCCAGUACAACUUUGUCUCCAAAUACUUCUGGAGGUGUCGGACUUCUUGGUGUCGGCUUACGACCUCAGCCCACUGGUAGUGCCAAUCCAUUCCGAUUAUCAAUGGCAAUCGGUGGAAAUACCCGUGAUUUUUCAGGCCUUAGUGCAGUUGGAUCCAGCUCGGCUGGAACGGGAGCCCUUAGCUCCCAAUUUGGCAAUUCGAACCGUGGCGGCAACUUGGGACCAAGUCAUUCGGGACAAGUUGCACCCAGGGAGCAACCGCAAUCCCUCAUAUAACACAC